UAUUCCAGAUUUAUCUUCCCAUUCACAAAACUGAUCUCUGAACGCAACCCUUUGGUUUUUUAAUAACAUCCCCCCCACACACUUCCGGAAAUCCAUGCCUAUAUCCUCCGAGAGGUGCAUGUAUAUCCUCCGGGAUUUUGCUAUCGAAACCAUCUUUUUAAAUGCAACUACCUACUCAACACCUCUCCCUGUCUCGUUCUCGCACACAACAUCUUGGUGAAACAUCUUUAUGCACGACCGCCCCAAAAAGAAAAAUCCCCCCUAGUGAUCCAAUCCCAACACCUGAUCAAAUCAAACUGCACUGCUAAACCAUUAGUAAUACCACCAUUUUGUCCAGAGCAAAUGUACAGCGACACACACACACACGGGUACACGGUGAAUAUUGCUCAUGCCACGGUGCGGCCCCUUUUAAAAACAAAAAGCACUUACUUAACACUACUAAUUACUACUACUAAUUACUACUAGUACUACUUAACUACUACCGCUACCAACAGCAACAAAAACACAUACAAAACUACUACUACUCCCAUCACCUCAUUGCAUUCACCCUGUUUUUAAGCGGUGUUAAACCGAAGUUUUGGGUUUUUUUUUGGGAAACUCUUUCCUUACCGCUUCGUUGAUGCUUUUCUCCUUUUUCGCAACGUUUUUUUUAACCACAAUUUUUGGGUGGCUCACCAGACUUGCUGUGAGGAAGAUAUCGAUGCCAUUAACUGCCAAAAAUAUCUUACCUAUUUGUUUUGGGUUUUUUUGUUUUCCUGCGCCAUACGGACGACAAAUGCGCCAGUUUUGACCACUGUCCCGAACGUGUUCAAAUUGGUCAGCCGCGGUUGCUACUGUAUCUUGUACAACAAUGCUCUUUCACACAUACAAACAUACACACACAAACAAACACUUACACAUCGGUUGGGAACGAUCGUGUGGCCCAACGUCCCGCCCCGAGGGACCGAUAAAUGCUUCCAGUGUAAAAGAAUCUUCAGGGAGGAAUGGAGAGUUAAGUGAAGAUUUAAAAAAAAAAUACAAAAAUCAAAUAACACACAAACCGAAACCACGAACGGCACCGAAAACAAUGCGAACCUUUUUGCCAAAUUAUGUGACCAGCUAGCAAUUAAAACGAUCCCUCGACAACGGUACUGAAGUGUACAAUAUCUUACACCGGCUUUGCCCCAAAAUACAUACACCUUCAUCGUUUGCUGCUAACCUUUGCACUAAACUUCAUCCUGCGGCUGUUUAGUUUAGAAUGCCCGGUUGUUUUGUUUUUGUUUAUUUUUGUCUGUCGCAAUCACACACGAUCACGUGAAGAUCCUCGACCAUCGUAUAGCUCGCUAGUGAGCAUCCGGUUCGGUGUCCGGGUUUAUAUAGGAUAAGUUGUUUCAUAGAGCAAGCAAAGUGCAUCAAUAUACUAGCAAGAAGCGUACGGAAAAUCACUCAUAACUGCGGCACACAAUAACACAUCUUACACACACACACACAUACAUCUACAGACAUAAUCCUCCCCUCUAUCUCUCUCUUUCCGUACAUACAAAACUGACAAGUAGUGCAAAUGCAAAACAAAGAGAAAAAAAAACAAUGUUUAAGAGCAAAAGGAAAACUCGUGAUUACAAAAGUUGUUGUUUCCGAAAUUUUAUAGUUAUUCUAUCUCCUAUAGGGGUUUGUUAGAGCGAAAGGACCGCAAGAAGUAACGAAAAAAAACAAAAGAAGAAAAAAAGAAGAGCAACACACAGUGAAGAAAACAAAAAGAGAAUUACCAGCGCAACACACAACAAAAAAAGAAGAAGAACAAAGAAAGGGAAAAUGAAAAACUCUAAUUAACUAAUUAAAUAACAUACGUAGGACAUUGACUAUUCGGCACCGAUACCAAUUCACUUAACCGUUCAAUAACAAAAGAGAAGCAAAAGGGAGAAAAAAAAGGAUAUUUUGGAAAGGUUUUGCGCGCACAAAUAAAAAAAAAACACACACACACACGAAAAGAAAAACAUGAAAACUUACACAUACACGCACGCAAACAAUGAAACACACAACUUCCACACGAAAAACACACAAAAAAACACAGGAAAUGUAACAAACUACUGCUUUGGUUUAUUGGGCUGAACGAAAACGAAAGCGGGAAACGAAAUUUACUAAUCGCAUGCCGCCAUUACUACAUUACUUGCUCUUGAAUGCGUAGAUGAUAACAAAGAAAGAAACAAACAAAUACACAACACACACACACACACGUACAGACGGAAACAAAAUGCGCAAAAAAUGAUACACAUUUAUACACACAUUAGUAAGAAAACUCGUUGUAACCAAAGUAUUGCAAAGUAAACAAAACAAAAGAAGUCAAAACAAAACAAAAAAAAACGUAACUGCAAAACAAAACUGUCAGAUUGAUUGGAAAACGGAAAAUAGAUUGUUUUUUUCAUACUAAAGCUAAAUCAUUUCGUUGUUCGUUGUUUUCACUGAUCAUCUGAAAAAAAAACAAACAAAAAUAUCAAAACUGGCGCACUUGUUCCUUGUUCCGUGGGGUAGAAAGGGUGUUGUGGAAAUCAACCCCCCAACAAAUCAAUGGAGCAUUGGUGUUUCUUUGUUGCUUUUACCUGAUAUAUCACCUGUGUUUAGGGGGAAUUAUUUCAAGGAAGUGUUGAAAGAUUUCAUUCAUUGUUUUGUUGUUUUUUUGUUUUCUUUCUUGUUGUUAUAAUGUACACACCAAAAACCUUAAGCACCUUUAAUGCAACUUUAAUAACCCUAACACCUAAUUCAACGCACAGCAUCCUUCCCCCCGGGUUAACACCCCCUCCUAAUCCAGUUCCUUUAUGAAAUCACAUCGCACACAUGACACACAUACACAAGAUUCGUUAAGCCGUUUUGCAUGGAAAAGAACUAACAUUUUCGCACCUGCAACCAGCACUGACAAGAAAAUCGGGACGCGCGCUCUCGGAAAGCAGUAGGAACAAUGUGACACAGACAACAAAAAAAACGGAGAGCAGAAGUAAUUCCAAGCAAAUAAUGCACCGUCGUUUUUCUUCCGCUCACAAACAAACAAAGAAAGUUAGCACAACAAACCAAGGCAAAUGAACAAGACAAUGUGCAAAUUAAACUAGACGUAAGCAACCCGUAAGCAACACGGAUCGUUUUGCGGUGGACGGUGAUAUGUGCGUAUGGGAAGUAGUAUGAGUAAAUUUAAUGAUAUUAUCGAUAAAAAAACACACAGAAGAAGAAAAAAACAAACUAUGUUCCAGAACUUCCACUUUCCACGAAAACAGUAGGCAUGCAUAGUUCCAACAGAACAAAAAAAACAUACAAACACACGCAAACCUACCCACGGGAAGGGUAAGAUAAGCAUAAAAAGCAUGUUCUACAAAGCACUAAACAAUUGGUAGAAUUCAAUGCAAUAUCUCUUAGCAGUACCAUCAUAAAAAAAUGCGGGAAAAUCACUUUACAAUGAUACUUCGGCACACGCAACACUGUUACGUUUCCUAGCCAUACACAGCAAAGGAAGGCAUCAAGCAGAAUGGCUCACUCGCAAGAGUAUUUAAGAAAUUCUAAAUUUAUAUAAUAGCGAAAAGCAAAAUCGUAAAACGAAACAACAUGGCAAGUGGUAAUGAAAAGCAAAAAACAAAAACAAAAAAACAGCCACACAGUUAAAGCGUAGUGAAAAUAAAUCCUUCUCUACCGUUAAAGCAAAAAAAAAGCAGUUACUAUUUCUUCGUAGUGAAAAUUGUUGAAACAUGUUUAAAAAACACACACACACACACACAUUCGCGAGUUCAAUUCGGUAAUUCGAAUUGGUAGUGUUCGCUACUAUUGUGCGUUAUCACGCAUCGACAAAUGUGCUUUGCUCAUCGAACUUUUCGUUAUACACGGUACACUUAUCGUUUAUGUUUCGAAUAUUACCAUCAUCAUCACCGUUCGGUUAUCUUUUACAGAUAUACCCAAAAAAGAUUGAGACUUUCGAGUUCUCAGAUGAUCAGUUUUUUUUUCAAUUAGAGGACUUUGUGCUACUGGCCACUGGCUUCUAUGGUAGAGCAAAUUCUUCAUUCAUUAGUCACAAUCGAACAGAACAAACCUCCAUUCAAAUACGAACACUAACAGAGCGAACACGAAAACCAAACUAAGGCAAACAAAAAACGCAAAGUAGGACUUAUUAAUUGAAGCAACAGAACAGAACAAAAGUAGCGAAACGAUGUGCGCAGUGACAGUAUAAGAAGUAAGUUUGAAAAAAGCAAAGCGUAUUACCGUAAAAAUAAACAUAAUUAAGCGCAAGAUAUUUACUCGUCAAAUAUCUGUAGAUUAUGUGUCUUUUCACACAGUGGGGUUCGCGUAUGGGAGAAUUACUUUUCAACCAACAAAAAAACAACCCUGAAGGAACUGCUCAAUUAUAUUAGCGAAACUGAAGUAAACCAAUGAAUGAAUGCACGCGCUCUAUGAUACCAAAAGCAAAUUGGAACAUUACUAUCGUAUCCCUAAACGGGAGAAGCGCGAAACAAGUAGUGAAAUUUAUGACAACACAUGUUACGUAUGGUUUGUGGAUAGAAUUUAAAAGUAUAUUUAGUAACUUUUCCCCCCCCAUUGUAUCCAGAUGCGUAUGCUAGAAUUCUUCCACCCAUAACACACAAACACACACACACACACACAAAACGGUCCUGCACCUUCUUAGCAUACCAUACCUCCCUCACGUAAGUAGACCCUAACACGGUAAAACACUUUUAAACUGAAAAGGAUCGGACACUGCAAGCGAACCAUUAAUGUGAGGUUUUGUACUUGUCGACAUAAAUCGACAUUACGUUACUACCAAAAACGGCGCGAUCAGUGUUUAACACGAAUCGAACAAGUGAUUACAAAACUGUACUAAAAUAAAAAAAAAAACAAAAAAAAUCUAUCGAAAGGGCAAGCGGUCAUUGAAGUUCGUCCUUCGUCCUUAAUAUCAUCGAUAGCAGAGGAAUAGAAAAGGAAAAAAAAACUUACAAUAUAAUAAGCACCGUACUGAGUGUACUAGUACCGAGAACGAAAAACAAAAGUGGAAAAGAAGAAGAAAAACAGCAAAAAAAAUUAUAUAAAUAUUAAAAAAAACACUAAAAAAUAACUUAUCACACAAAACGUGAGCGCACUUAUGAAAAAUUCGAAUACAUGUAGUAGUCCAAAAAGAAGGUUCGAUACGUUUUUUCAACAACAACAAAAAAUUAAACCGACAGCACGGUAACGGUAGAGAAACGCAAACGCAACCGUACUGGUAAGCUUACUGGACCACUCCCAAAAACUCCAAAUAACAACCGAACCGAAGGUACUUCUACUUACUGCUAGAGAAAGUCAACAAUUAAGCAUGGCCGUUUGCCAUUUUACCGAUAUAUAAAAAAGGGGUGUUCGGGUAAUUACUACCGGUGGCAAUAUUUAAAAAAAAGGCAAUGUUCUUGCUUAGAAUAGAUUUCGGUUCUUCCAACAAAAAAAUCAUAACCUAACCUAUCUACAGCAGAGAAACAACAAUGUUCUACAUUAACCAUAACGUAAACGCUACCGGCACUGCAAUAGGGUGCAAUUUACGCUUACAUGAAAGAUUUUUUUUAUUAUUCUUUUGUUAUAUAAUAAUGUUAUUCUACACUCUGAAUACCCUUAUAGCACUGUGUUUUGAAAAAUAGUUUCUUUUGUUACUUCACUAGCUUGUAUUGUUUUUACUUUUUAUUACCCUUUUAUGCAUUCUAUACUAUCCGAUACAACCUACUAGCUACCAAACACAAACACAAACACACUUCCCCGUUCCAACAUCUCAAAAAAAAACCCUAAGGCAUCCUUCCCAAACAAAACAGAUGUAGAAGAAAUGGCUACAAAUCAAAAGCAAGCAAGAAAGAAAAAAACAAAACCCACAAUGUGAUUGAUCUGUGUAGGAACGCAAAAGCUGCGAAGCAUCUUCAUAAAAAAAGAAAACAGAUAUCUCAGAGACUUGUAAGCAGUGAUCUCGAACUGGUAACGCAACAUUAAGAAAAAAGAAGAAGAAAAACACAUAGCGAAAGCAUAAGUUGAGUGUUAUAUAGAAUGCAACAAAAAAAAACCCAAACCAAAACUAACAAAAAAAAAGAAAUAA